ACGUGAGUCAGUGGCUUUGCGUUACAGAUUUACUGUAGCAUUGACAUGUUUACUACUUUUUUGUUGACAAAAUUCUUCGAAAACUAUGGUUUCAUUUCGUUAUUUUGGUGUUAAUUGACGAAUUUAUUGCAUUAAUUGUCUUUAUUUGGCGUUUUUGUUUGCAAAAUGUCCUCGAGCUCCGUUGAGGAUAUACCAGAGCAGUGUAAGGACAUCUUCACCCAAGAUGGCGUCCUAUUAAAAGCAUGCGCGGGCCGCCCAAUCACAGACCUGAACUCCAUUGGCAUGCUGUGCAUCGUGCAGAACGGAGACGGGUCCAAGUGCAUUGAAUGGCGGCCUAACGAUCUGAUUACCAUCGACUCCGAUACUCAGGAUCAGGAGUGGGCAGUUGUCAAUACUAUAGAAAUUAUUUCCAUAGGUCGUCGCCAACGCACACUCAGCGGCAACAUGACGUCUGACUAUGCCACGGCUCGCGCGCGCAUUAUAAAAAUCUCCCUGGAUGAGUUAAAGACGUUCAAAGUUACCCGAAACAGUCAGCAAAUGCAUUUCUCCACUAAGCCGGGUGUGUGGCAGGCGACAUUUUACUUCCAGCAUGGACACGCCGAGAUGUUCGUCGCUAAUUUGAAGAAUCACCUCAAGACUGCUAAGACGAGACACGACAGAAACACAUAUGUAGUAGUGGAGCCAAACCAAGAGUCGCUGGACCUCAAUCGAUCCUUUGCGGAGCUGAACAUCUUCACGGAAAACACGACAGAUGUCGUCUGGAACCUCGUUUCCAAUUUCAAACAGCGACCUUAUGAGACCACUAUGGAGGCUUUCUCCAAGCUCACCGAUAUUGAACUCUACUAUGGCAAUGAAGGAGUAAAUGGGAAACGUGACGUGUCAGAAGAAGUAGCGGAUCUGCUGACGAAAAGCAUGAGUGGUUUAGAAGACGCUACUACAGUUACAAAGAGCGACGAAUAUGAGGUUAUCAGCGUUAAACCGACCCUCCCACCGCGACCUAACAUACCCAGAGGGUCGCCGCUUUCGACGGAGAAAUGGGAGGGCCUUCAGGACACAGAGGGCAGAAUUAUUGAAGUCGACGGGGUGCGACAACUUAUAUUUAGAGGGGGAGUGGCUCACUCAAUCCGACAGUCCGUUUGGAAGUACCUGCUGGAUUAUCAUCCGUGGAACAUGUCCCACAGCGAGCUGCGGUCUUUACGGAAGAAGAAAUCCGAGGAGUACUUCUCCAUGAAGCUGCAAUGGCGGUCCAUGACUGAGGGCCAAGAGAAUAGGUUCACAGAGUACAGAGACAGAAAAAGUUUAGUCGAAAAAGACGUGAACAGAACCGACAGAACGCAUCCGUUCUUCGCAGGCGACAAUAACCCGAACCUGCUGAUGCUGCAGGACAUCCUCAUGACGUAUGUCAUGUACAACUUCGAUUUGGGUUACGUCCAGGGCAUGAGCGAUAUCCUGGCGCCUCUGCUGCUGCUUUUGGGCAACGAAGUUGACAGCUUCUGGUGUUUUGUCGGGUUCAUGGAUAAAAUUGCAUCGAAUUUCGACAUGGAUCAAGCCGGCAUGAAGCAGCAGCUCCUCCAGCUGCAGCAGCUGAUCACCUUCGCAUCACCCGGCCUUGCACAACAUCUCGCCGCCAAAGACUCCGCCAAUAUGUACUUCUGCUUCAGAUGGUUGCUCGUCUGGUUUAAGAGGGAAUUCUCGCAUAGAGACAUUAUGAGACUCUGGGAGGUGCUAUGGACAGGCUUGCCGUGCGCCAAUUUCCACCUCCUGAUAUGUGUUGCUAUACUCGACGCAGAGAAGGACGUGCUUAUCUCAAGGGACUACGGGUUCACUGAGAUCCUCAAGCACGUCAACGACUUGUCAAUGUCACUAGAUGUAGACACAAUUCUUAGCGCAGCGGAAGGUAUAUACCACCAGGUCGUAUCAGCGCCCCACCUCACCGACCAGAUCCGCAUUAUCCUCGGCCUGACCCCCCUGGGAGGAGGUUCCGCACCACCCGAGGAUACGGAUGACGAGGAUGCCCCCACCACAGCGAAUGGUACGACCUCGAUGUUCGGACAGGAUAUAGAGGAAGAUACACUCGAAUAUAACGGACUAGAAAUAACAAUAGUGACAAAAACUGUUUGGGCUUUACUCGCAUAACGUCUUAUGUAUGUACCUAUUCGUGUACAUAGUGAAGUGUACAUGCGAAUUCCCUCGAAAGUGCAUACCAUAUAUUCCGCGUUUGGACGUAGAAUUUGGCGGAUAUAGGAGUGGUUGGAGUUACCUAUCGCAGUAAUCCUUGAAAUUAAAUGACGCGGCCGAUAAACCUAAACUGGGUAUGCACUUUUGCUUUUGUGCUAUAUAGACUGUUUGGAACGAGCUAUACAUAUGUUUUAUAUUUUUAUAUACACUAAAGAUAUGUAGAGCGUUCAUGCCUUUAUCUAAAUUGUUCCUAAGAAUUGUUUAAAAAAAUCGUUUUUUAAAAAUUAAUGUAAUCGCAAACGCGAUUCCAGUUUUGUCAAAUUAUUUCGAUUUGAAAAAAAUUUUAAACGAAAUUAAACUUAAUAUUGUACGUUAUUCUUAUAACAAUAGAAUAGACGUCUGAACAUGUUUGAUCAUGUUCUUUCUGAUAGAAUGUUCGAUAUAGCCUGUGUUAAGAAACGUAGAUAAAGAAUAUAACUUUAUGAAUAAAUUACAUUGGAAAUGAAACUAUUUUUUGGAGCCCUGGGAUCUUAAGGGCACUUUCAUGUUAGACUGUGGCGCUUAAUUAGUGAACUAAACAUUACUAAAGCGUUACAGACGCGCGGCACCCAGGGACUGCUACAGCUCUUCUACAAGCAUGUAAUUUGACAGCCCGUAGAAUAAAAAAAACCUUGGUUUGUUUGACAAAAAAAAACACAAAUACACGCGAUUCCGAAAAAUAUUUUCACUUCCAU